AUGGCAGACCAAAAGCCAGACGAUCACACGGCGACAGCCAAAACAUCCAUCGAAUCCGCCCAAAAUGCCCGUGCCGCCGCCCUCGCAAUGGACUCGCAGCAUCGCGCCGCCGUCGAAAAGCGCAUGAAGCGCAAGCUCGACACGCGCUGCGCCCUCUUCGUGCUCAUCUACAUCAUGAACUACCUCGACCGAAACAACAUGGCCGCCGCGCGUCUCAAGGGUCUUCAAGAAGAUUUGAACCUCUCCUACAACCAAUACGCUACUUGCUUGAGUAUUCUGUAUGUCGGAUACAUUCUCAUGCAGGUGCCCUCCAACAUGUUCAUCAAUCGCAUUCAGCGCCCGAGUCUAUAUAUUGCGGCUGCCAUGUUGCUUUGGGGUCUUAUUUCCACGUUGAGUGGUAGUGUGCAUAAUUUUGCGGGUAUGGUCUGCAUUCGUUUCUUCUUGGGAUUUGUUGAAGCUGCUUUCCUACCCGGUGCGCUACUCAUUCUGUCGAAAUGGUACACCCGUCGCGAAUUGACCAAGCGCAAUGCGAUCCUGUUCUGCGGUAACCUCAUCUCCAACGCCUUCUCCGCUCUUGUCGGCGCGGGUGUUUUGUCCAAUAUGCAAGGCGUGCUAGGCCACGCAGCAUGGCGCUGGCUGUUCUGGAUCGAAGGCGCCAUCACCAUGGGUGUCGCUGUAUCCGCUGCGUUUAUUCUGCCUGAUCUUCCUCAUAACUCGCGUGGAUUCACCGAGGAGGAGCGCCAGGUUGCGCAGUUGAGAAUGGUGGAGGAUGUUGGUGAGGCUGAUGAGGAUUCUGCUGAGGAGAGCGCGUUUUACGGAUUGAAGCUUGCGGUUAAGGAUGUCAAGAUUUAUAUCAUGAUGCUUACCUUUACCGCGUACGUCGUCGGAUUGUCUUUCAACGCAUUUUUCCCUUCUUUGACGCAGACGCUGGGAUUCGGUUACGUGCCUACCCUUCUCAUGAGUGCCCCUCCAUGGGUCUUCUCUUGUAUCGUCUCCGUCAUCAACGCUUGGCAUUCGGACAAGACAGAAGAAAAGUUCUGGCAUAUUGUCGGUCCAAUUGGUAUCGGAACGAUCGGUUUCAUCAUCAGCAUGGCCACCGAAGCUGUCGCAGCGCGAUACUUGGCACUCUUCCUGCAAGCUUCAUCCUACGCAGGCUUCAUCGUUUUCUACUCGUGGAUUUCUUCAUCAUUCCCUCGUCCUCCCGCCAAGCGCGCUGUCGCGAUUGCCAUGAUCAACGCGUUCAGUCAAUUGGGCAACGUCGCAGGCUCUUACGUGUGGGAUCUGAAGGAGAACGGCUACCGCAAGAGUUAUGGUAUCGUUCUGUCCAUGUUUGGCGUUACAGUGCUCGGAUGUUAUAUCUUCCGACUUGUUCUGAUUGAUCUGAACAAGAAGUUGGAGGCUGGUGAGGCGAAUGCUUGGGAGACGAGACAGGAUGUUGCGGCGCAUACGGCGGCGGUUGAGGUUAUGGAUAGUCCUGAUGAGGCAUUGAGGAUGAAGCGGGAUUUCCGAUACCUGAUUUAG